CUGUGAUGGGAGAGACUGUGUCGUUGUAAGUGUGGAUAUCGUUCGCCUCGGCUGUCUGUGUCGACGCCCUCACGUUUAAACUUCAACGAUAUGGUGUGCUGAAUGGUUUUGCGAGGAUAUACGCUUGAAAACAACAGCUGAAGCGAAUCCGUGUCAGCUAGCUCACUAGCGACUGUUACCUAGCAUCGGCGUUAGCCUGCUCCUCAUGGUGGACAUUUAAACGCACCUCAAGUGGAAUUAUCCUGGCAGUUAUUGGAAAGUGUUGGUUUUAUGUGGAAAUUACUCGAGCGGCUUCAAGUUGCUUCUCAAAAAGAGCUUGUUCUCUUGAGCUGUGUUUAUAACUUUGCUGGAGACUAUCCUCUAGGAAUGAAUCACCACGACCGAUCUGGGGAGUCAGGCAGCGUCCGAAAAAUGGUGUACCCCAUGAGUUUACCCAAACGGGAGAGCAGCAGCAGCACGGUGGGUGGUUCCUCCACAUUGACAACUUCUGGAAGCACCAGUCUUAAUAGCAACAACUUGAUGCUGGGGGAUGAUUAUUCAUCUCCGGUGCUGAUUCAGUCUCAGACGCCGGCUGCAUCCUCUCUCGGGUCCCAGAACCCUCCUCAGAGCCUGAAUAUCCCCGUGCAGACCACCCUGUUACCCCAAACUAUGCCCACCACAGUGGCUCAGAUGAAAAAGAAGAGUGGCUUUCAGAUCACCAGCGUUACUCCCGCUCAGACAUCUGUCAGCACCAACAACAGCAUUACAGAAGACACUGAGAGCUGUGACGACUUGGACGAGUCCCACACCGAAGACCUGUCGUCCUCCGAGAUCAUGGAUGUGUCACUUCCGCGGGCCAACAAUGCAGGGGGACCGGAAAGGAGCUCCUCGGAGGAGACGCUGAAUAACUUCCAUGAGGCGGAGACCCCGGGGGCCGUGUCGCCCAACCAGCCUCCCAUUCUCACCCAAGCACACCUGCAUGGCACUAUGGUUAAUGGGACUGUGCACCAUCAUCCCCAUAAUCCUGCUUCCUCUGGAAAAGCCCAACCUGCUGGUGGGACACAGAUUGGUAUACCUUUGAGUGCCGCAGUCACAUCUGCGGUGUCCUCAGGUUCUGGAGCUUUAGCUAGCACAGGCCAGAAAAUGCCUUCAAAUGUGGUAGGAUUGAUUGAGAACGCCUCUGUUGGCUCAACUGCAGUCAUCGGUCAGCCUUUGGCCACUGUCGCCUCAGGAACUGGUAUGAUCUCGGUCACUUCAGGUGCCACAAUUAGUACUGGUAAUCCUAUAACAAAUAAUGUUUGUAUGUUAAAUUCUGCCAGUGUGCCUGUGGGUGGCAAGAGUACCAAUAGUAGCAAUGUAAACUACUCCCCUGCUAUGAAUAGUAUUAGUAACCAAACAGUAAACUUGACGCACAUUCCCAGUGGAAUAAUUGGCAUGGGCAUCACCGCUGCUACCACUGUUUCUAGUCGUGUUGCUUCAACAGGUGGUGGGCAGGUGGGCCCAGCUGUCAUGGGCCAGCACACAAUGCCUGCUCCCUCUGUCCCGGCGAUGAAUGCUCAGCCUCAGCAGGCCCAAGUGCCUACUCCUGCCUCCACCAGCUCACGUUUCAGAGUGGUCAAAUUGGACUCUACCUCUGAGCCUUUUAAGAAGGGUAGGUGGACAUGCACCGAGUAUUAUGACAAAGAGGCCCCGAGCACAGCGUCCUCUGAAAACGUCCCCAGCACCCGAACAGUGGAAAGCAUCCGCCAGUUUGUGCCUGAGAGUGUGGCGUGCCUG